AUGUCUCUGCGUUCCUUCAGCUUUAGAACUGCAUAUGAAAAGGGCCAAUCAGGCAAUGCUGAUUCCAUCUUAAUAUCCACGAAACAGAAUAUCCUAUUCCAGGUCCUUCAAGGUCUCGGUGUUGGACAGACUCUUUUAAUGGCAUAUGUGACAACACAAACGGUUCUCAAGCCAGAAGAUAUUCCUGUUGACACGUCGUUGCUGCAGCGUUUCAUAUUUUUCGAUGCUUCUGUGAAACUCGCCAUCGCUGAGGCGAUCUUCGAGAAUGUACUUGUCGCACGAUUUGACAGUUUGAGAUUUCAAAGUAAUGAGAUCGAAAAUAUGCUCAGUGCAGGGUUCGCUGAAGCGAGACGCGUGGUUUCCGCUGAGUACAUCUCGGGAGUGCUAGAUGCAUACAACUAUGCUAUUACCAGGUCAUUUUACGUUGUGACUAACGGCAUCCUGGUCGGGGUACCAGAGCAGGACAAAGAACAGGUCAAACUAACCGAAACAGAAUAUCACUUUCACCUCACUUCGUGA